AUGCAAACUAUUACGCCUAUAGAUGUUCAUGUUGACAAUGACUGGCGUAAUGAUUGUAUUAGUGGAUCAUACAUUAAAAAAAGUACUACAACAGCAAAUCGUGGAGGACGCCAAGCCCCUAGAAUGCGUACAUGUGUAAUAAGCAAAGUGAAACCUAAUAAAACAAAAUCUUCCAAUAUAUCUCAGGAAAUUACUCAAUCUAAACAAAAUCUAGCUAUUCAUUCUCGAAGUCCAUCACCACCAACUCGAGAACCAUGGGUUCCGCCACCAGGUCGUACAACAAAAGCGCAAAAAUAUACUUGGCAGAAUUCGAAAGCACGUUUUGGAAUUAACUCUGAUCUUGUUCAUGAUGAUGUACAUGAUGAUGAUGAUAGUCUAAAUACUGAUCGUAUUAGACAAAAUCUUUCAAAUGAAGACGUUGAAUUACUUAAAGAACGAGUACGUAAGCGUUAUAAUUAUGAACCAAUCGAUCAACUUCGUUCUGAUCUUAAUUCAUCUUUAUAUGACCUUGAACAAUCUCAACAAACACGAUUAUCUCGUUCAUCACCACCAACACGUCUUAAUUAUCGUUCGGCAAGUGCUGGUGAACCACGAACUUAUUCAUCAAUACCCAAGGUUUCUUUUGAAAAUGAUUCCAUUAUUGAACGACGACGAGCACGUAGUGUAACACCAGUGCGAGGUCCAUUAAAUCUUAAUCCAGAACGCGAACGAUUAUUAGUAUCAUUAUCACAAUCAGAAGCUGAUGUUGCACAAAUUACCAAACAAUUAUCUUCUGUUAAAGAUACCCUAACUAAACUUAAAGUCGACAAUCAUCCAGUUUCAUUUGAAGUUGAGCAGUUAUAUCAACAACGUAACGAAUUAUUACAUUUAAUCGAACAGUUUGAAAAUUCCAAUAGAAAAUUGAAAGAAUUUCUUCGACAUCAAUAUCAUUUAGAAGCUGAAGAUGGUGUUUUAAAUAACAAAACUGAUACUUUAUCAUUACGUGUACAUGAACUUGAAAAUGAAAAUCGAGAAAUAAGACGUUUAUUACUUGAUAGAGAAAAUGAUAAUGUUGCUUUACAAACUGAACUUGAACGCGUAAGAACACAUGCUAUUGGUUAUGAUACAAUGAAGAAUUCAUUAGAACAUAAUCGUGCUCAUCUUCAACGUGAACUUUAUGCUAGAGAAGGUGAAAUUAAUCGAUUACAAUGUAUUCUUCGAACCAUGGAACGUGAUCUUUCGCGAGCUGUUAGACGUACAUCAUCAUUUUCCACGUCAAUCUAUUCUUCUCUUCCAAGUCUUGUUGCUAAAACUAAAGGAAUAACUAUUGAUAAAUUACAAACACAAUUGUUUGAACGUGAUCGUGAAAUAAUUGAACUUGAGAAGAAAUUAUAUACAAAUAAAAAUGAACAAAUUGUUGAUGCCAAUUCAGAAAUAAUUCGUUUACGUACGAAACUUGAACAUGCUGAACAUCUAGUUUCUGAAUAUAAAGAACAAUUACAUAAUCAUACAUUAAAAACAUCCAUUAAUAAUAGUAAAACUCAUUUAUCAGAAAUUGAAUUAGAUAAACUACGUAUUCGUUUACAAAAACGAAUAGAAGAACUUGAACCACUUCCAGAAUUAUUACGACAAGCUGAAAUGAAAAAUCAAGACCUUCAAACACGUCUUCACGAGCAAGAAAAACGUUUCACUGAACAAGCAGCAUUUCUAACUGAAUUCAAUUCAAAAACAAGUAUUCAAAAUCACAUACUUGAUCGAUUAAAAGACAAUCAUUACCCAUUCGAUGAUGAUCAUUCAACAUUUCAACCAAAAAAUGACACUUUACAACGACAAUUGACGGCAUUGGAAGACGACAAUGCUACUCUAUUAAGAAAUCUUAAUGUGAAAGAAGAAGCAUUAAGAAAUACACAGGCUCGUCUCAAUGCGAAAACACAUGAAUUAACAUCAUUAAGUAAACAAAUUGAUAUCGCACAAACAGAUCUUAAAACUCGAGAAGAUACAUAUACUUCUAAAGAACGUUCUUUGCAACAACGUAUCAAUGAUCUUGAACAACAAAUAUCAAAACUUCGACUUGAUUGUACUCAAUUAAAACGAGAUAAAGAUGAUGCUGAACGACGUUAUACAUCUCAAUUAGGUGAAUUACGUGAUAAACUUGAGCAAUCAAAUAAUAACAAUCGUUCUAUACAAAGUUAUGUUAGUUCUCUUAAAACAACUUAUGCAACUGUAUUUAAUGAUACAGUUCCAUCAUCAACAUUUACACUAACAUCACCCUUCUCACGUUAUACAUCAACACCAAGUGUAUUUCCUUGA